GAUAGACGUUCGAAGGGCAAUAGAAAACAUGAUGGCAACGGAGAGACAAGAUCUGUAAAAGGACAGACACGCGUUAUCGACUAAAAACCUUCGAAAUCUUUGCCGUCAACGAACUUAUUCCGUUCUCGCUAUUUGAUUAUCAUUAAGACGUAACCAAAUCCAAUUUUUCUGACAUUAUAUCCAAUGAUUUUUCUUAAAACAACUUACUUUUUCUUUUAAAGUAAAAUAUUCUUUACUUAUAUUUUCUUUUUUAUCGAUUUAUUAAUCGGAAACACGAAAAUUGAUCGCGAUGUAGGACAAUAAAAAAUAAGAAGUGCAAAGUGGAAAAAGGAAUCUUCCAAUCUAUGCCUUACUCCUGUAAGAAAUUUGACAAAAUUACAAUUUUGCUUGUAGAACAUUUCUAUGAGAUCAAUUAAAGCUGCAAAUUGAGAUGUGGUCACUGCAAAAAUUGGCAUGCAUUAGUGAAAGGAAGAUGCUGACAAAGAAUAAUUCCAAAACUGAACAUUAUAAUUGUGACCCAAGCAAAACUGGCAAAUAUAUAAGGGUUAUUAAACAUCAAUAAUUUUAUUGCUAAAACAAUUAUAGGCUAACGAGCAAUAAAGUCAUGCCGUUAGGUAAAACAGGUGCUGUAUCGAAAUACUACCUCUGUUGUAUGUACAAAAAUAUAAACACAUAAUUGAUUGUGUUAGAAACAAAAUAAAAAAUAUAAAUAUACACUUAAGUGUAUAUACAAAGAUAUAUAUUCUGGUGAUUAAUAUUUACAUAUACUAAUAUAUAAUACUCUUCAAUGAAUUUGAAUUACUAUUGAAGAGCUUUUUCUUGAUAUAUGUUCAUUCGUUUGAUAUCCAUUGUUAUGCAAAUAUUAAGGAAAACAAGUUGAUUGCGCCUAUUAACUUUAAGACAGACAUAUAUAACGCCAAAAAAAAAAUACUCAUCGCACUGUCAAAGCUCAAAUAGCACUGUUUAUUAAUAACAUAAAUAUGAGCAUACCAUACGAUGAAAAUCUCAUUUGGAUACUAAUAGUUGGGUUCAUAGUAGCAUUUGCCCUAGCAUUUGGCAUAGGUGCCAAUGAUGUUGCAAACAGUUUUGGGACAAGCGUGGGUGCCGGGGUCCUUACAAUUUUUCAAGCUUGCAUCUUGGCAACUUUCUUCGAAAUUGCUGGUGCUGUACUGAUAGGAUAUAAGGUCUCUGAUACAAUGCGUAAGGGUAUACUAGAUGUCACAUUAUACGAAAACCAUGAAAAAGAAUUAAUGAUAGGAGCACUUUCUAGUCUAGCUGGAUCUGGAAUCUGGUUAUUGCUUGCAACGGCAUUACGACUUCCAAUUUCUGGUACACAUUCCAUUGUUGGAGCUACCGUAGGAUUUUCUCUUGUUUGCAGGGGUACAGCAGGGGUAAAAUGGAUUGCCCUAAUAAAUAUAGCAGCAUCCUGGUUUGCAAGCCCUUUACUCAGCGGAAUCGUAUCCGCUGUUAUCUUCUGGCUCAUAAGAAAAUUUGUAUUAAGGUCUAGCAAACCUUUUGAACAGGGACUUCGUAUACUUCCUUUAGCAUAUGGCCUCACUAUCGCUGUCAAUGUCAUGUCAGUUGCACAUGAUGGACCUAAAUUGUUGAUGUUGGACAGAAUGCCAUGGUGGGGUAGCUUGACGGCUGCAUUGACUUUAGGAUUAUUUUCAGGAAUUAUUGUUUAUUUAUUUGUUGUACCGUGGCAAAGGAAAAGGAUAAUUUUAUCUGGCCCUGGUGGUGAAAAAAAGACGGCCUUGUGUACGUGCGAUAAAAGAGAAACAACAGCUAUGUCUAUAAUUUCGGAAAAUCCAUGUAGUAGUAAUAGCGACACAAAAGAAGUUGCUGCACCAAAGUUACGCGGUAAUAGUAGUGCUAGUCCACUUUUAAUAGUAGGUGGUUCUAAUGCCGAAGAAAGUCAAGCAGAGAACGAUAAGAAAGACGAAGAACAACCAGAAGUGUCAAAGUUAUUUUCAUUUCUACAAGUAUUAACAGCUGGUUUUGGUAGUUUCGCACAUGGUGGUAAUGAUGUUAGCAAUGCUAUUGGUCCUCUCAUAGCAUUAUGGUCAAUAUAUGCAGAAGGUUCUGCAAAACAAGAAGCUGAUACACCAAUAUUAAUACUACUUUAUGGUGGAUUAGGUAUCUCUGCUGGCUUAUGGAUAUGGGGACGUAGAGUAAUUCGUACAUUAGGACAAGAUUUAGCACGUAUAACACCUACUACAGGCUUCACUAUAGAGGUAGGAGCCGCAGUGACAGUUUUGUUGGCAAGUAAGGCUGGUUUACCUGUGUCAACGACUCAUUGCAAAGUAGGAUCGGUGGUAUGUGUUGGAUGGGCAUCGCGUGGUGGUGAGGGUGUUUCUUGGAAACUGUUCAGAAAUAUUGCUUUUGCAUGGUUGAUAACUGUACCAGUGGCUGGUUGCCUAUCUGCAGGCUGUAUGGCUAUUUUUAAAGAAGUUCUUACUUUAUGAUUUUAUUAUUUGAAUAAUUUCAGAUGAUUUAGGGAAGCCAUUCAAUAAUAAAACUGCUGUGAAUAAAUCAUGCAGAAAUAAAUAAUUGAACACCA